AUGCAAAUGAUGAAUCCAGACAUAGAUAUGUGGUUGACUAGAAACAAUUUUUCUAAACGCGAUAAGAAGUUGAUGAAGAAGGUGAUCAUGAAAAACGUUCAGCAAAAGCUUGAAGAAAACAAAGAUGUUGAUUUGGAGAACUUUUUGUCUCUUCUUCCUAGAGCAUACAAAAGACAAAUCAUGAGUCUUUCCCGCUUGACUUGUUUACAGAAAGUACCGAUGUUCAAAUAUAUGAAGAUUCGAGUGUUGAAAGCAAUAGCUAAACAUCUUGAGCUAGUGACAUAUACGAAAAACUGCCAUAUUAUUCGAGAGGGGGAAGCACUUUGGAAUGUGUUCUUCAUCACGCAAGGUACCGCAUUGAGCUACAAAACUCGUAAUAAUGCCAAUGUUGGUGGAACAAAGAGCGAUUCCUCAAUCAUUAAGAAAGAUGAUUUCUUUGGAGACGAACUUCUAGAUUGGGCAUUCGUUUUUGCCUCCAUAUCUGAUUUGCCCGUCUCUCCUAAAACUGUCAUAUCCCAAACUAGAGUAGAAGCAUAUGCUAUUAGUGCUAUCAAUCUUAGGAGAGUUGUCUCCAAAUUUCGGUUGCAUUUUAUUUUGAACCUGCCUGUCCUAGAGCAUUCUCCAUUGGAGCAUAUGGCAGCUUCUUCAUUACAAGCAUCGUGGCGUGAAAGAGGAAAUCACAACAGAUGGAACAAAUUGAGGGAACUACUCAACAAUUCAUCAGAAGCUGACUGA